AUGGCAGCUAAUGCGAAGUAUGAAAAUUUUGCUAUGGUUUCUUUUCUUUUCGUUAGGAAUAAAGGAUCAAUACAACAUUUCAUGGACGGAUAUUCUGGUAAAAGAGCUGCUCGUGGGGUUGUUGUCCCCAAAAAGGGAUCUGGCAUUGCUUUAGAAGAUAUUUCUAAGAAUACAGAUCAGAGCGCUCAAUUCUGCAGUCGACUGGGAUGCAGUGGCAGAAUUAAGUACACUCAGAAUACCAAAAGAGGAAGCUCUGUUAAAGCUAAAUGUUCAAGGCCUUUAGUUCAUUCUUCAACGCACAAGAAAAUAAUUGGCAAUCCCUCUAGGUCAUUUCCUGUUGUGACCAAUGGAAAAAAUUCAGGUCCCGAUUCUAAGAGAAAGUUCUCUUCUCAACUAGAUAUUGAUCCAUUAGAAAGUAGAAUUCAAAGAGCACAUCACUCGGACUCUAGAGAUACCAAGACUCGAAAGGGUGCAGUAGAUUCAGGGAGCUCUAGAGCAACAUCAACUACUAGUCCAAGAAAAAUAUAUAAUCUUAAUUCUGGGUCAUGCAGCGAAAACAAUCAGCUAUAUUCUGUUCCACCUGUUUCUGAAAGCUCAGACCUUAGAGCGAGGAACUGUGGUAGUAGGAGCAGGUAUGGUUUGAGAAGUCUAAAGUGUAAUUCAAUUUCGGAUGUCGUUCCACGAAGUUGUUCGACCUCAGAUUCCAAACUUAAUAUGAAGGAUGUAGUGAAAAAAAGAAAUCCAGGAGAGAAAAGCCGUUCAUCUCAUGGAGUGAAGCAAACAACUGCAGCCUCGUCCAUAGACGGAAGUGCCCCCCCGUCACCUAGUGGUGUCUCCAUAUCUAAUCCGAGACAAAGCAGAAGUUGGGCUCGUAGAGAGGAUGGCAAUGGUGUUGCAUCUGUCCGCACUCGGAGGUUAACAGAUAUGAAUACAACACCAAGGCAUUCUAAUCAACGUAAUGGAAACGUUUCCUCACUAAGAGAACCAAUGUUCAGGAUUUCUCAGUUACGUCGGCCUGAGCUACCUGUUGAUGCUGGCGGUCAUAAUUCCUCUCAACACGUCUCUGCAAAUGUUUCUUCAAUUGGUUCAAGUUCGAAUGGUCUUUCUAGUAGCAAUAGCAAUAAUCUAUCCAGUGUAAUGCCUGCAGAAUUGGGCACUACCAAUUUAAUGGAUCACAUGGCAUUUGAUAGAAUUGCUGAGGUAUUAUUAGCAAUUGGAAGACUUGAACAAGAUGAAGAGCUGAUUAGUGAGCAUGUUUCUGCCUUGGAGACUAGUUUAUUCCUCAGUGGGCUCAGCCAUCAUUAUGAUCAACAUAGAGACAUGAGACUGGACAUUGAUAACAUGUCCUAUGAGGAAUUAUUAGCUUUGGAGGAGAGAAUAGGUACUGUAAGCACAGCACUCUCCGAAGAGGAAUUGUCAAAAUGCCUAAGGAAAAGCUGCUAUCAGGCAGUCCCUUCUGAAGUAUGGGACACGGGAUCUUUGGGCGAUGACAAUGACACCAAGUGCAGUAUUUGUCAGGAGGAUUAUUUAUUUGGGGAUGAAAUAGGUAAGUUGGGAUGCCAGCACGGAUAUCAUGUGGCAUGCAUCGAACAAUGGUUGCGGCUGAAGAAUUGGUGUCCCAUCUGCAAGGUUUCAGCAUCUCCCUCACAAUUAUCUUAG